AUGCAGUUGGCCACAAUCGACGGCGACGCCGAUCUGACCAUUCACAACAUCUCCAUCCUGCCUUCAGAUCAGUGUGCGACGGAGGAACAGAGAGUAAGCUUGGUUUGGUGAUGUUAGUGUUAUAUUGUAUCAUAAUGUUGACAAUGUUUGACAUUUAGAUACCUAAAAGAUCAAAUGUAUAGUUUUUUAAACCUUCAGGCUGCCAAAUGCUGUUGUGGCGAUGGGUUCUUCUAUGAUUUCCCUCAACGCAAGUGUCUUGUGUCAGCUAAUGUAGGGUUCAUGUUCGGCAGAGUCAACAACAACUGGCCCCACAUGGUCGUAUACGGGUUCGUGUACCCUAUGUUAGUACUCACGAUGGUCGCGCCUUUAAGUGCUGUGAUGUUGGGAAUGGGGAAACGAGAGAAACGUGAAGGCGACCGCCGUUUCGUAUGUUAUUUUACUAUACCUUACAUUUUAUUUUAAUUUUUGGUAAUUUAUGUAUACACCAACGUUUCUUUUAAGGGCCAAGCAUGUACUUCAUCUUACUAUUUCCUUUUUACAUUUUAAACUUUAGUUUCAAUUUUACAUUAUCAUCAUUUCAGCCCAACCCUCUAUAUCAAAUGAUCUGGUUACUGUGUUUCUGUGGGUGGAUCAGUUUACUAGCUCCACUGCCGUUUACAGUCUGGUAUUAUGUUACGGGUAAUGGUAUUCGAAAUCUAAAUCAGUCAGUUGUAAUGUGUCAUUUGUUCCGUACCUCAAUGGAAGCCAUUCCACAUACGAUGGACACCAUGAUGACCUUAUUCAGUGUUCUGUUAGCUGCCGCUAGGUAUGUUAUGGUAGCUAUUUCAAUAUAUCAUCAAAACGCUUAUUAAAGUUUAAAAAAACCUUAUUAUAAAGUUUUUUUUGCAAAACUUUAAUUUAAAUUUGCAGAUUUUUAACUCAGUAUCAUAGAAAUACGCUGAAGCUUCGUACUGUAGAGCGCUUCUCCCGAGCCAUUUGGACCAUCAUCAUCGUGUGCAUCAUGUUAGGUACUCUAAGGUUCUUUGAGCACGAAGCCACAGUGUACACGUUCUGUAUGGGUAUGUCGCUUGCCUAUGACAAUAUCUUGCUUUAGAUACGGAGCCUGGUCCUUACUGGGCUCGUCGAUGUAUGGUCAGGGAUGGAAGUCUGAUUACUUUCAUAAACAGAAGAUUCUGGAAGGUCUUCUUGCCGUUGGCAGACUUCUUUGUACAGUUUGUUGUGCCUGGUGUCAUGUUGACACUACUACAUAUAGGCUUUAACCAAGAGCCCAAUAUUGACAUAGAAGGGUUGAACACACAGUAAGUUUUCUUGUUAUGAAGAAAACAUACUGUAAAAAUAAUGUAAAACAAACAUCAAUAUAAUGAAAUAAUUAGCGUUAUGAAAGCAAUACAGUAAUCCUUGUUUAGUAAUCGCUUCGGCCGCUCACCUCGCGACCAAACCCGUAUCUUAAUAUACGCCGUUACCACUGCCUUCCUCGUCGUGCAACUACCUACCGCCGUCGUCACCACCCUCAGUCUUACCGUAACCCACUUCCACACCAACAAGAUAGGUAAGUGUAGCGAGAGCACGAUGAAUCUUUCAGUGGGCCUAAUUACUCUCUCGAUUGGCCAUCUCCAGCCUCUUCUCUCCAUUUCUACCAUCAUGGCCAAUUGUGGGGCCUUGUUGACUGCGUAUUAUGUCAUAGUAAAAGAGGACGACCUCGACGUCGGCGACUCCCAUGCCUCCAUAUCGUCCACGGAUGGUGUAGACGACUAUCUUCUGGGUGAUCGGAGAAGGAGCACGAGGUAUGUUGUGGUAGACGACUGACUGAAACAUUAUAUUGUCUUUGUUAAGAGUUUGAUGUAAAAAACGUUAUUUAUAGAGUAAUCGAAGACCUUUGUAUUUAAGCUAGUACAUUACCUUACAAACUUAAAAUGUUGUAGGAACUACCUGACCGUCAGCCGCUCCUUCGACACCAGCUCCAUGAGGUCGUUCUCGAGGAAAGGAUCGGACUUCCCUGAUGACUUUGUCUUUCUGGUCAAUGCCCCCAACUCUCCUGCACCUUCUCAAUAA